UCCUUGGCAUGCUUACAGCUACAUAACACAUUAGUUUCAUUAUUUUUGAGUGCCAGUGCUGGAGGCUCAGCACAUAAGUCAGUGCGAGGAGGACUUCAGUCACAGCGGCAAGAGGGUCUAUUGAGCAGAUAAGGGAAAUGGACAAAUAACAGCUAUCAGUUUCUUUCACUAAGCCUUCUGAAAUCUGAGCUUCUGUAAAAAACACUAAACACUUGGGCCUUACCUACAGCCAUGGACAGAUGCAUUUAUGUUCUCACGUUAGAGAACUUGAAAUUGUUCUUAAAGGAAGAAGUCAACGUCAGCUUCGAGUAUUUGGCAUGGGUACAAUGCCUUAAAAAAGGAGAUGACCAGUUUAGCUACUGACCAUGCUGACCAUUGUCUGGAAUUGGAUCAAAUCACAGAAAAACAGUGAAUGGCUUUCUCUUACAGAACAUCUGAAAAAAGCACAAUUCCUGAUCACAUUUUGCAGAGCUCAUUUGAUCACUUAAUCUCUUCUAACUAGUCUGGAUUACACACAGAAUCGAUACCAGAGGAAAUGAAACAGACUGGCGAGGACCAGGGAAACAAACUGCACUGGGCAGCUCUUCUGAUACUCAUGGUGAUAAUACCCACGAUUGGUGGAAACAUCCUUGUUAUCCUGGCUGUUUCACUGGAGAAAAAGCUGCAGUAUGCUACCAAUUAUUUUCUGAUGUCCCUGGCAGUCGCUGAUUUGCUGGUUGGAUUGUUUGUGAUGCCGAUUGCCCUCUUGACAAUAAUGUUUGAGGCUAUGUGGCCCCUCCCACUUGUUCUGUGCCCUGCCUGGUUAUUUCUUGAUGUUCUUUUUUCUACUGCAUCCAUUAUGCAUCUCUGUGCGAUUUCAGUGGAUCGUUACAUAGCCAUCAAAAAGCCAAUCCAGGCCAAUCAAUAUAACUCACGAGCUACAGCAUUCAUCAAGAUUACAGUGGUGUGGUUACUUUCAAUAGGCAUUGCUGUUCCAGUCCCUAUUAAAGGAAUAGAAACUGAUUCGAGUAACCCAAAUAACAUCACUUGUGAACUGACAAAAGAUCGUUUUGGCAAUUUCAUGCUCUUCGGCUCACUGGCUUCCUUCUUCACACCUCUCUCGAUCAUGAUUGUCACCUACUUUCUCACUAUCCAUGCUUUACAGAAGAAAGCUUACUUCGUCAAAAACAAGCCACCUCAACGCCUGACGUGGCUGACUGUGUCCACAGUUUCCCAAAGGGAUGAAACACCUUGCUCAUCACCUGAUAAGGUGGCAAUGCUAGGUGACUGUCACAAGGACAAAACUCUGCCUACCUUAAGUGAUGACAUACUUAUGCGAAGAAUGUCCACAGUUGGAAAAAAGUCACUACAGACCAUUUCCAAUGAACAGAGAGCCUCAAAGGUUCUAGGGAUUGUGUUUUUCCUCUUUUUGCUUAUGUGGUGCCCCUUUUUUAUUACAAAUAUAACUUUAGUUUUAUGCGAUUCUUGCAACCAGACUACUCUCAAAAUGCUCCUGGAGAUAUUUGUGUGGAUAGGCUAUGUUUCCUCAGGGGUGAAUCCUCUGGUCUACACCCUCUUCAACAAGACAUUUCGGGAUGCAUUUGGCAGAUUCAUCACCUGCAAUUACUGGGCCACAAAAUCAGUAAAAACUCUUAGAAAAUGUUCCAGUAAUAUCUUCCGGAAUCCAAUGGUAGGGAACUCUAAGUUUUUCAUAAAACAUGGAAUGUGGAAUGGGAUUAAUUCCGCCAUGUACCAGAGCCCACUGAGGCUCCAAAGUUCAACUAUUCAGUCUUCUUCAAUCAUUCUACUACAUACACUUCUUCUCACUGAAAAUGAAGGUGACAAAACUGAAGAGCAAGUCAGUUAUGUAUAGAAGUGGCACAGUUUUCAUCUAGUAUAAUGAUGAGUAGGACGAUGAAGCAGAUAUAAAUGCACCAAGAAUUACAUACAGAACUUGUCAUUUAUCAUACCAUCUCUGUAAACUAAGAGUUAUAUAUCAAGAUUACCCAGUUGUCUUUAUUUGGACACAUUUACUUUAUAAAAAAAGAUUUUUGGCUCUGACUGGUGUGGCGUAGUUAGUUUGGUAUCAUCUUGCAGAGCAAAAGGUCGCUGGUUCAAUUCCCAGUCAGGGCACAUACUUGGGUUGAGGGUUCGGUUAAAAUAAUCUAGCACUCUGGUUAAAUGUUAAGGUAGUCAAAUGAAAUAAAAUUAAAUAAAUCAGGACUUCCGCCAAGAUGGAGGCAUAGGUGGAUGUGCCGUGCCUUCUCACAUAACCAAGUUUAGAGACAACUAAAUAUUAGCAAUAGAAAACACAGCCAGAACACGGAAAAUUGAACUUUUCGGAAGUCCUUUAACAAUAAAUUCUUCAGCCUGACCGGUAAGGGGCGAAACCAGCGGCUGGUGAGGGGUUGCACAGGAGGACUCGGUCAGACGGAAUCAGGCGCAGAAUCCAGGCACAGGGUUGGACCUAGUGAGCGACCGAGCGAGCCACCAGGUGAGCGACCUCGAAGGAGACAGCGGGGAAGUGGUGCUGUGUGUUGACUGUGGUCGCCCUUUUGUGCGCGAGUGGACGGGCGAGGGAGUGGGCGGUUGGACCGGGCCCCUGCGGUCCCCGUGGCAAGCGGCAGUAGAGGGCGCCCUCAUUUCCCUACUCUGACCACGCCCCCACAUACAGCGUCACAACCCAGCGACCUGGGAGUCCAAGGCACCGCUUCUCACACUUAAAGGGCCAGAACAGACCAAAAAUGUCGCAAGUUCUCAAAGCCCCAGAGCCCAUAGAUCUAAGUGAUGAAGAAAUAGCAAAACUCUCAGACGCACAGUUUAAAACACCGGUCAUCAGGAUCCUCACAGAACUGGUUGAUUAUACCCACAAAUUAGACAAAUAUAUGAAGGCGAAACUAAUUGAAAUGAAUGGAAUUGCACAGGACACCAAUAGCAAUGAAAAGGAAACUGGGACUCAAAUCAAUGGAGUGGACCAGAAGAAAGCAAAUAAUGGCCAAACAGAAAAGAGUCAAGAAGCAAGAAUUCAAAGAAAUGAGGAGAGUCUUAGGAACCUCCAGGACAUCUUUAAACGCUCCAACAUCCGAAUUAUAGGGGUAUCAGAAGGGGGAAAGACACAGCCACCAGUGGAAAACUUAUUUGAACAAAUAAUAAAGGAGAAUUUCCCCAAUCCGGCAAAGGAAAUAGACUUCCAGGAAAUCCAGGAAGCUCAGAGAGUCCCAAAGAAGUUGGACCCAAGAAGGAACACACCAAGGCACAUCAUCAUUACAUUAGCCAAAAUUAAAAUG